AUGAUCAGCCUGAUGAAUCUUCAGAAGGCCAAUAGUCACCUAACGCUGCAUCACCACGUCUACGUCAUCACGUCUACGUCAUCACGUCUACGUCACCACGUCUACGUCACCACGCUACGUCAUUUACCUCACGUCAAAUCCUCACGUGCUGCUGAGUAUUCAGUUAUUCUGCAAGAGAAAGAACGCCAGCGCAUCACGGACCACUACAAAGAGUACUCGCAAAUGCAGCAGCAGAAUAGGCAGAAAGUGGAAGCCAGCAAACAACAGACCAAAAAAAAGAAAGCCGCCAAGAAAGCCACGAAGUUCAACAGCAGCCUGAACCGGGAGCACAUGGAGGAGAGGAGGGCAUACUUCGACUUACAGACACACGUCAUCCAGGUGCCUCAAGGGAAGUACAAGGUGUUACCAACAGAGCGGAUCAAGGUCAGCUCCUACCCGGUGGCCCUCAUCCCCGGACAGUUCCAGGAAUAUUACAAAAGGUACUCGCCGGAUGAGCUGCGCUACUUGCCAUUGAACAUGGCUCUUUACGAGCCACCACUGGAUCCGAAGCUGCCUGCGCUCUACAGCGAGGGCGAUUCGGACGAUGCUGAGGAUGGUCACGAGGGCGAGAAGAGGAGAAACAAGGGCACUUCGCCAAAGGUCAUUCCCAGUGCUCUAUGUGGAAUUUGUCUGAAGGGUAAGGAGUCCAACAAGAAAGGGAAGGCUGAACCUCUUAUACACUGCUCCCAGCGUGAGAACAGCGGCCAUCCUUCUUGCCUGGAAAUGACCAUGGAGCUUGUUUCUAUGAUUAAGACCUACCCAUGGCAGUGCAUGGAAUGUCAAACUUGCAUUGUGUGUGGACAGCCCCACCAUGAAGAGGAAAUGAUGUUCUGUGAUGUGUGUGACAGAGGCUACCAAAGGUUCUGUGUGGGCCUCAGUGCUAUCCCAUCAGGUCGCUGGAUUUGUGACUGUUGUCAGAGAGCUCCCCCAACACCCAGGAAAGUGGGCAGAAGGGGGAAAAACAGCAAAGAGGGAUAAAAUAGUUUCUCGACCCCAAUACUGUAAUAUGCAUUUAAGUGAAUUAUUUGGUGCCAACUUAUUUCCAAUUCUCAUUUUUAUGCCAAUAAAAGAUUUUUGAAAUGAAAACAA